AUGAAGUUGCUUCUUUUAUGGUUCAUAACAGCGACUUGUGCGCAAAACUUUGAAGGUUCUGGUGUUGAAACGUGUAGGUUAUAGAGAUGAACAGUAGAGAAAUAAGGUAGCCGUGAAACUGCAGCAAUUUCAUUAUUGUUACGUGUUCAAUUGGCCAAUGUGCAAGUUCAACGGCUACGUUGCAAAAUUAUACGGCCGCCCCGGUCGUGCACUGCCACGUGCCGCUCAAAAAUAUUCCCAAUCCGGUGACUUCAGAGCUAGACUCAGGGCUCAAAGUUACGUAGAUAUCUCAAAGGUAUUUGGUAUUUUGAAGACGAUACCUCAAAAAAUAUAGUGUUUUCCUCGUCAUCAAAAUUCUAAAGUACACGUAACUUUGUGCCCUGAGUCCGAUUUUGAAGCUGAUCGCCAAGUGGCAAUACACAACGGCCAUUAUUUUAAAAUUUUGCAGUUGUUGAUGAGUACUGGCUGCAACGUCUUAUCGAAAAAGUGGAAGUGCCCAGAUAUCUAAUGGAGAAAGCCUAUAGACUAGCCGAGAAUGCAAAUACCGAUGUGGACGAUGCCGAAUUGAACACUCUUGACUCAAUGGUCCCAGAUUUUGCAAGAAAAGUUUUCAUUGAUAAGGUCUUGAAUGUUAAUGACACCGGUGAAAACACAUUGGAAAAGGCUACCGAUGAUUUUCUAGCUGUACUAUUCUACGCCUUCCGAUCUUUUGGUUGUGAUCAGGAUGUAACUACUUCACUAUGAAACACAUUAGAUCUGAUAAUAUUUCAGAAUAUCUGGCCUAGCGUUUACAAUGUCACCCGCGAUAACUUGGAAUGCAUUGCCUUCACGCUUUUGCAAAAAGUUUACUCUAAAUCUGAGUUUGUAAGUUGCGGUCAACAAAGUGUGACCAAAAUCGAUUGAAUUUAGACCAGAAAGUAUUUCGCGAGAGCUAUACACUUCGGUAUCACGAGCAACGCCCCGAUUUCCCAUCGCAUUAGUGAAAUGGUAAUUGUCAUUUGAUGCGUUUUUUUUUAAGUGAAUUUCCAUUUAGAGCGUUUAUCAGUUCCUUUUGCCGAACAACGACCGUGUUUGGUUUAACGAUCUCAAAAUCCAACUGAAAAACAGUUUGUGGAACGAGCAGGAACUAUCGAAAAUGGCCACUUAUGAGGAUCACAGCUUCCUUUGCGGAUCUGUAGCUUUCACUGAUGAGAUACAAGCGAAAAUCGAUUAUUAUUAUGCUCAUUUUUUGUAA